GUUAAUUAAGUGGGCCUUACUCCCUGAAUUCUAACUCUGUUUUAUAUCUCACUUUCCCAUAUCAGGGUAACUAAACACGCCCUUACUAUCGAUAACCUCCAUCCACAACCACAAGGCAAUCUUGUUCGAAGUAGUUAUGGCUUCCAAGAGGAUCCAGAAGGAACUGAAGGACUUGCAGAAGGACCCUCCUUCUGCCUGCACUGCUGAUCAACAUGUUGCCAUAACUUGGCAUGCAGGACCUGUUGGUGAAGACAUGUUCCAUUGGCAAGCCACUAUUAUGGGCCCUCCUGACAGUCCUUAUUCUGGAGGAGUUUUUCUUGUGAAUAUUCAUUUUCCACCAGAUUAUCCAUUCAAACCACCAAAGAUAUCUUUCAAAACUAAGGUUUACCAUCCAAAUAUCAACAGCAAUGGUAGUGUUUGUCUGGAUAUUCUCAAGGAGCAGUGGAGCCCUGCCCUCACACUAUCAAAGGUACUGCUUUCUAUCUGUUCCUUGUUGACUGAUCCAAACCCGAAUGAUCCUCUUGUGCCUGAGAUUGCUAAAAUAUACGAGAGUGACCGGACCAAGUACGAGAACACUGCACAAUCCUAGACACAUAAGUAUGCAACGGGUUGAAGUAUCUUGAUUUGCAGUUUGGCUGAUCAGCAUUGUUUUCCUACUGCAGUAGUAGUAAAUUUUAAAAAUUCUAAUCAUUUUACUAAAUAUCCUAACUUGGAAGGUCUGAAUUAGUUUUCUCCAAUUGGGUUGAUGUUUUGACUUUUGUGCGUGAUAAAUUAAGACAUUUCUAGAAA